UCAAACACUCGUGGCUUUUAUAACGCACUUACGCAAAAUAUUUUGUAACAGUUGUGAGCUGAAGUUUGUUUUUCCUGGCGGCUGGUCGGCUGCGUCUUGGCAGAAACGUGAAGUAAUUUUUUUGCAGCUGUUUAUAUCCUGCAGGUUUUAACAGCAGCAGGAUGUCCACGGUGCCCAAAGUGAGACUGUCCGGAGGUCUGGAGAUCUGUCGUGUGCUGAACGGGAUGUGGCAGGUGUCCGGGGCGCACGGAGCGGUGGAUAAUGCCAAAGCAGUUGAGGCCAUGCAGGCCUACGUAGACGCUGGUCUGACCACAUUUGACAUGGCAGACAUUUAUGGGCCUGCAGAGGAUAUAUUUGGACAAUUCAACAAGAAGUACAAAUCCUCUGGGAGUGAUGUCCCUCUGCAGGGUCUGACCAAAUUCGUGCCGAGGACAGGACCAAUGGACCGCAAGGUGGUGGAGAAGGCGCUGCAGCGCUCCAUGUCCCGUAUGCAGGUGGACAGUCUGGACUGUGUUCAGUUCCACUGGUGGGACUAUAGAGACAAAAGAUACCUGGACGCACUGGGACACCUGUCUGACCUGCAGCAGGAGGGAGUUAUACGAGAGCUCGCCCUCACUAACUUUGACACACAGAGGAUGGAGGAGAUCACCAACAGAGGUAUCCGCAUCUCAAGCAACCAGGUUCAGUACUCUCUGAUCGACCAGCGACCUGCAGCCAAGAUGGAGCAGUUCUGUCUGGCUAACAACAUCCAGCUCCUCACGUACGGCACCCUGGCUGGUGGUCUACUCUCAGAGCGUUAUCUGGGGAAGACGGAGCCCACUUCCAGGGCGGAGCUCUACACCGCCUCCCUCUCCAAGUACAAGACCAUGAUCAACUCCUGGGGUGGCUGGAGCCUUUUCCAGGACCUCCUUGUUGCCCUGGAGACCGCUGCCAGGAGACACGACUGUUCAGUGGCCAGCGUGGCAACACGGUAUGUGCUGGAUCGCCCUGCGGUGGGCGGGGUCAUUGUGGGCUGUCGUCUCGGCGUCGCAGGGGCGGGGCAACACAUCAGUGACAGUCUGCGUAGCUGCAGCCCUGACCUGAAGCUGACGGCAGAAGAUCAUGCCGCCAUUGAAGCAGUGACAAGACGUUCCAGGGACCUCAUGGCACUCAUUGGGGAUUGCGGGGAUGAGUACAGGAGCUAGAGAGGGGGCGGUCGGAAGCUGACUGACUGGGUGUGACAGGAGGGAGGGAGGGAGGGAGGAGGAGGAGGAGGAGGAGGAGGAGUAAAGUAAAGGAGGGGAGAAACAUCUCACACAGAACAGCCCCAUAGUGGAAAAAAUAAAAUGCAAAUGCUUAUGAAAAUCUGUUAAAUUCUCUAUUAAGGUUUUUUGCCGCUUUUGUUGAUUUUGAUCCAUACUAGUUUGUUCACACACAGACUGUACCUUCUGUUACACAUUUUUUUUUUACAUCAUACAUUAUAAAGAGCAUUCAGGAAGUGGGGAAAUACAAGUUUGAACUUAUCUGUUCUUUUUACUUUUAUACAUCCUCAAAUAAUGUCCCUCAUAUUCAGUGACGUUAUUUUACCCACUGGAUAUAUGAUGCUGUUAAACAGAUUGAACACUUUUCUCCUUCAGCGUGUGCUCACACUGCUUAAGUGCUUUUUAAUGUGGGAGGGACGCUUCUCACUCAGGCUUAAAUAUAUUUGCACUGAGAUGCUUAUAUUCCAGCGUCUAUUUAGUGUUUUAGUGUCAGCAGUAAGAAAAAGCUCAGUGUUUUAAGUUUAGUUUUAAGCUUUUACACUGAUUUAUUCUAUAUUGUGUACGUGAGAUAUGGUGUAAAAUGAAUGAAAUUCUGAAGGUUUUUUUUAUUCUAUUUCGAGUUGGAUUUAAUGUUCACAUUGAAUACAAAUCACUUUGAAGAAGUGUGUUGUAAAGAUAAAUAAAAAGUGUUUCUUCUCAUUUGCUGUUUUCUUAGCUU